AUGCACGAGGCUAAAGCUGGCGAUUGUGGCUCGUCCCUCGCUAACUGUUCGUCUUCCGACCAUACCCUGACCGGUCAUUCUGGCAAAGUACUAGCAGCCAAAUUUCUAGGAGACCCGAACAAAGUUGCUACAGGAAGCCAUGACAGAACACUUAAAAUAUGGGAUUUGCGGAGUAAAGCUUGCAUUGAAACAAAGUUCGCUGGUUCAUGUUGUAACGAUCUGGUAAUAUCAGAUAGCGCAGGUACAACAAUAAUCAGCGGACACUUUGACAAGAAGAUCAGAUGUUGGGACACCCGCACGUCAGAUUCCAACAAGAGAGAAAUAUUAGUGCAAGGAAAGGUCACUUCACUGGAUAUGGGAAGGGAAGGAAACACUGUGUUGGCUUGUAUUAGGGAUGAGUCAUUGAGAGUGAUAGACCUCAGGGUGAACCAGAUAGUCUCAACCUAUAAGGCCGAAGGAUUUAAAGUAGGAUGCGAUUGGACCAGAGCAGUUUACAGUUCCAAUGGAGAUUUCGUGACUGCAGGCAGCAGUGACGGUAAUAUCUACGUUUGGAACACAUCGUCAGAGCUCCUCCACGCUGUCCUCAAGUACCACCAAAAACCACAAAUAGGGACAGCUAUAGGCCAGCCAAUCAAGAUUCGUAGCUGA